AUGGAGAGAACUCUGGUCCUGCUGCUGCUCUCUCUUGCUGUCGCCCAGUCAUUUUCUCACCAGCGAGGACUCAUCUUCAACUUGGACAAUGGGGAGCUGUGUCUGCAAAGUGCUCAAUGCAAAAGCAACUGUUGUCACCGGACCAGUGGGCUAAGCCUGGCUCGUUGUGCAAACAAAGCCAUUGAAUUUGAGGAGUGUUCCCCAAAGAGCCUCUAUGGGGUUUACUACAAAUGUCCCUGUGAGCAAGGCUUAACCUGUGAGGCUGACAACAGCCUGGUGGGCUCCAUCACCAACACCAACUACGGCAUCUGCCAGGAUCCACAGAACUCAUCCAAGUAA